ACCACAAAUUCAGACAUAUCUUCAGUGUCUUUCUUACAGACCARCCUUACAGUAAAAUCAAAUCCAAUAAGGUUCACAGUCGCUAACACRAUGAAGGCAACGCUAGUGUUGGUCUUUGUAUUGUUCCUUCUCAAGCACAAAGUCACCUACGCUACGAUGUGGCAGACUCAAGAAUACUCAGAACUGAACRUGUACUUACAAGGAUUCACUCUUGAAUCGUCCAAGGUAAAAACAAUCUUUGCAUGUUACAGAAAGUGUGAGGACAACAUACAUUGUGCAAGCAUCAACAUGAACCUGACGAACAAAACAUGUGAACUGAAGUACUCUACCAAGACUAGACACCCAGAGAAGAUUGUUAUAUAGUCAACAAAACACCAUCUACAUGGAGAUACGAGAUGCUCUCGGGUUUUCUCCUCGUAACCCAAUAUUAUCCUGUAAAUGGUUCAAGAAUCUUGACAACCAGGUAAACUCAGGUGUUUACUGGAUGAAGUUCAAUGAGCCAUCCUCUGCGCCAUUCCAAGUGUUCUGUGACAUGACCACCGAUGGAGGAGGCUGGUCCCUUGUCUACAGCUAUACAUUCUCCGACUUCGAUAACUUCAAUACAGACGACAAUGUAAUUACUCCAGUACCGAAUUGGCCUCUCUAUAUGUCACCAGCCAAUGAGUGGUCACCAAUAUCAACGACAACCCCGCUCAAUGAGUCUUCCUACUCUGCCAUGGAUUUUGGAAYGUGGAAGAAGAUUGGUCGCGAAAUUCUUCUCAAGUGCAAUAUCACUAACUGGGUAGCCUGUGUAGAAGGAACCGGACGUCUUGUGGACUGGGUGGCAGGAAGUCUGACGUGUAGAGUUGUCAAGGCCAUUACACCAACAUGCACGACUAUUGCUCCAGAUAGUUUUGAAUUUUGGGGCUGUGGUCCAGCGUUUAAGAAUAGUGCCUCAAAUAGUUACCAGUUUGUACUUGAUGCACAAUUAAAGCUUCACCAAUGUUAUCCUAUGCAUGAUCCUUGUGCUCAGAAUUCAGCAAAUCAUCUCAAAAAUGUAACCAGCCCUGGAUGUGCCUUGUACCUUCGCUAGUCGUGAUGCUGGUCGAUUGGAAUCAAAAUACCAUGAAUUAUAUGUCACAUGGAUGGAACAUGGGAAGCGUAUAAAACUAGUUUAUUGUACUUUCUAAUUCAAGAGGAACCAGGUACCAUAAGGACACUUUCAAUCGAAAGAAAUCGCUUUGGUUUUACAUACGUGACCAAUUGUAGUGAAAGUUUUCCCUAAAGCCUUUACAAAUUAUACGGUUAUGGGAAAAAAGUCUGGGACUCCUGAACGCUUACGACAAGUUCAAGAAUGCAAUGGGAAUUUCUGGAAUACCUUAUGGCAGUUUUUACAGAGAACACACACACACACACCAAACAAACAAAUAAACGCCUAAAUAUUUUCUCUGCCAAAAUAUUCUUUAUCUGUACCCUGCUGAAAAUAAAGAUUGCUUUCACAUGACGAACAUGACAAAAUCAAUAUGCAACUGCCUUUUUGCUUAAAGGUUUAUAGGCCGAUCUGUGGGCCUUGUUGAGCUUUUUGUGGUUUGUGGCCAGAAAUAUAUGAAAUAUAUAGAACGCUAGUGAGCUCAGACACCACGCUCUAACUACUUCAAAAUCCUACUCGCGUGUAAAUUUCUUUAYAUAAUACCAUAUAAAGAGGACAAAUUACUUCCAAAUUGAAAGGUGAAAUGUCACGCAUAAUUUGUAAUUUCAUAUGUGAAAUUUCUCUGUUGCCAUGGCUAUCUUGAAAAUGUCUCUUAAAACAGCCCCAUAAUGCACUUCAAUGCCAA